AUGGUUCUUCUCUUAUCCGACUGGGCUCAAGACCCAGGAAGCAUUGCAGUCGCUUUCUCCUCACUGGGGUUUCUACUCCACCUCAAUCUCAUUCCCUUCGAGAUCGACGAGUCAACGCCUCUCUUAGCGAGCGCUUUUGUGUUGUUCUGGAUAGGAUUAGCUACAAUCUUCGUCCGCUUCCUCGAGUUGAGUGUGUUUUCAGCGAUUCUGAAUACAUUCCUAGCAGUGUCCUCUUUUACGGGAGCUCUUGCUACCAGCAUGACUAUGUACCGAGUAUUCUUUCAUCGCUUGCGUGAUUUUCAUGGUCCCCUGGGGGCAAAAAUCAGUCGCUUCUUUGUUAUGUCUGACAUUUCAAAGUCUGGCUUGAGAUACCAUGUUGAACUUGAGAAAAUGCAUCAAAAGUACGGCGAUUUUGUACGAGUCGCCAUGGCGGAUUAUAUGCCUCGGGUUGAAGCUAAAGCAGAUGAAUUUAUUAAAGGAUUGAGAGAGCGUACAGGCAAAAUAAUCGAUAUCACACAGUGGUCAUUGUUCUAUACAUUCGACGUUAUGGGACUAAUUGCUUUCAGCAAGGACUACGGGCAAUUGAAUAAUGGCAAAGAGCAUUUUGCCAUCACCGGCAUGCAUGAUCAGAUGGAACUGGUUGGGGUUUUCAGCGCAGUUCCCUGGCUGAUGCACUUGUUGCAAUCUAUCCCCGGCAUCAAAGGAUCAUUCGAAAUUUUCCUUAAAUAUUGUAAUCAACAGGUGGAUGAAAGGAAAGCAGAAUGGAAACAGGACGAGGAGAGAAAACCAAAUGAUGUUGUUUCCUGGUUGAUUAAGUCGAUGGAGGAUGGCGGCCCAUCAGCCCCAGGCCCUGUGGCACUCUAUGAAGAUGGGAGAUUAACCAUCGUUGCUGGAAGCGAUACGACUGGAGCAACACUAGCCAAUGCCUUCUACUUCCUAACAACCCACCCCGAAGUAUAUCAAAGACUGCAAAAAGAGGUGGACCAAGUGAAGGCGAGUGGCGGCGAUGCAUCGCAGAUUCCCUAUCUCGAUGCAAUAAUCACGGAGACUCUUCGGUUGAAACCAGUCGUGCCCAGUGGUCUAAAGAGACUCACCCCACCCGAAGGUCUUGUGGUCGAUGAAGUGUGGAUUCCAGGAAGAACGAUUGUCAUAACUCCGCAACAUGUCCUACAGCGAGAUGAGCGCAAUUUUGAGCGACCCUUGGAGUUUCUUCCAGAAAGAUGGUUGGAAGAAGGAAAACAUAUGCACAAAGAUGAACGCGCGUGGUUUCCUUUCAGUAUAGGCCUCUAUUCCUGCGUUGGUAAACAUCUAGGUCUUAUGCAGCUUCGAUUUGCUCUACAUAGGGUUGCGACUGAGUUUGAUGUCUCAUUUGCCCCUCAAGAAGACGGCAGGAAAUUUUUCGAAGACGCAAAAGAUACUUUUACCAUGACUUGUCCAUCUCUUCAGCUUGUUUUGAACAAGCGACAAUUAGCUCAGUCUUGA